UAAAUAAAAAGUUAAGAAACAAUUUCUAUCGUUCCUCUGCAAUCCCUACUUCAUUCCCUUCCACUCUCUCACCGUCGCCCAUCUACCUUCAUCCUCUGAAUUUUGUCUUCGAACCCUAAUCCCUAAAAUCUCCCAUUCGCAUCACCGUUCAUCACUUCGACAGCAAAAGUUCAGCACCAGCUCAUCAUUAAUAUCUUUUCAGUGAAACCAAAGCUUCUUUUGUUUUUGGAGGCAGAACAAAGCAGGUGAACAUGGCUUCUGAUAAAAACAUUCGAUGCCAUCACUGCGCAGGUCCUCUUUCAAAAGAGAUGGAAACCAGUAGCUGGACAGUUGCUCCUCUAAUCAGGGAUAGCUUUUCUAUGAUUGGUUCUGCGGUUGGCGGCACCACAAGUGCAUUCUAUGGAUUCAAUCAUGUUAUGCCAGUUGUCUGCAGAUGGGUAAAAGGACCCAUGUGGGUACAUUUUCUAGUUGGUACACCACCUGUGAUAGUAUUCUCUUCAGUAUGUGCAGGACUGGCAGGUGGGGCUGUUCCUGCAUUGGCACAACUUGUUUCUUCAUCUUACCACGCAGCACAGUCAUCACCUCCUUCAGAGGGUGAUAAGAUUCAGAAGUCAAGAACUUCCUCCACUCUCUAAUAUGAAUAUCUAUCUAUACAAGACAUGCAUAUAAUGAUUUUCUUCUAUCAUAAACAUGCAUUCAUUUGACAUGCGCUGAGAGUUUUGUUUUUCUCAUGUAAAUUCUGCUUUUCAGCUUCACUGCUCCACUAUGUAAUUUCAGCUUUUCCCUCAACUGGUACUAGAGAAAUGCAUCAUCCAAUAUCUUAUAGUUUGGUUUAUUACAUUGUCAUUUUGUUCUUCAAUUAGAUUCGUUUCACUA